AUGGCGUCCCUACAUGAGUCCGUUCGGCUUCCCUGCGGGCUGGUCUUUCCCAACCGCCUAGCCAAGGCUGCAAUGGCCGAGUCGCUGGCUGGAUCAGGGAAUGUCCCAACACCUACGUUACUUGAGGCAUAUAACCAAUGGGGCCAGGGCGGUUGGGGUGCUCUUCUCACAGGAAAUGUCCAAGUGGACGUGGAUCACCUCGGUACCCCUCGUGAUCCUGCCUUGCACGCUGAAUACACCGGUAAAGAAGGCAACGAAGCACUAGUUGACAACUGGAGUCAAUAUGCCAAGUCCUGUCAGCAACAUGGAACCCCGACCAUCGUACAGGUCUGUCAUCCUGGUCGACAGUCGCUGCGGUUUGCGGGUCGUCGAGGUCUCUUUGCGCCACCAAUUGCACCGAGUGCUAUUCCUCUGCAGAUGGGAGACAGCUUGGUGCAGCGACUGCUUAGCUGGCUUGUUUUCCCUCCACCUCGCGAGAUGACUCAGGGUGAUAUCGACCGGGUCACCCGUCAGUUUGUUGACGCGGCCCGUUUGAUGGCCGACAGUGGCUUCUCUGGAAUUGAGCUGCACGGUGCGCACGGUUACUUGAUCGUUCACGCUAAUGAGGCAGAUCAAUUCUUGAACUCCAAGUCCAACCAACGAACCGAUACAUAUGGUGGAUCGGCGGAGAACAGAGCCAAGUUCGUCGUGGAUAUGAUUCACGCGAUUCGCCAGGUCGUGCCUCAGACGUUUGCCAUCGGCAUCAAGCUUAAUUCCGCCGACCACAGCUCGUCCACAUUCGAAGACACCAUGACUCAGAUCAAGCUUCUCAUCGAAGCGGGAAUUGAUUUUCUCGAAGUCAGCGGAGGAAGCUACGAGAACCCAACGAUGAUGGGACCCGAGAAAAGCCAACGCACUGUUGCCCGUGAAGCGUUCUUUAUCGAGUUUGCAACGGAAACCCGCAAGCGAUUCCCGGACCUCGUGCUUAUGCUGACGGGUGGUUUCCGGACGCGUGCUGGAGCCGAGUCCGCACUGCAACAGAAUGCAUGCGAUGUGGUUGGGAUUGGCCGUCCGGCUGCGAUUGAUCCUAAGCUACCUCUAGUCCUCUUGGAUGAGAGUGUACCGGACGAUGAGGCCCAGUUAGUCCUGAACCGGGUUCCUAUGCCGUUCCUGGCACGGCUGCUAGCGCUGAAGGGCGUGGGUGCGGGAUUGGAAUCGAGCUAUUAUGCGAAACAAAUCCGGCGAUUUGCUAUGGGACUGAAGACUUUUCUUCCUGGAGUGUAG